AUGAACGUCCGAGAUAAAUCAUCUUCCGUUCUACCACUGAACGCUGCCGAGCUACAAUACGCCGAACAACUACUCUGCCGUUUAGCACAGCGCGAUAGUUUCACUGAGGAGCUGUCAGAUCUCUCAAACGGCGACCGUGUCGCCAAGUCAUCAGCACUGAAGUGGUUAACACCGUUCGUAGAUGAAGACGGUACUCUCCGCGUUGGUGGUCGUCUACGUAAUGCCGCGCUGUCCGACGUGAUCAAAUAUCCAAUCGCGUUGUCCGCCAAACAUCCGCUAGCUGCUCUGCUGACUAGCAGUUACCACGUAAGACUACUGCACGCAGGUCCACAACUCCUGUUAGCCACUCUUCGCCAGAAGUUCUGGAUCCUCGGCGGUAGAAAUCUUGUCAAGUCCGUUUACCACCAAUGCCACACUUGUUUCCGAUCCAAGCCCACUCUAGUCCAGCAGAGCACAGCCGAUCUGCCGGUAUCGCGAGUUUCACCGACGCAUCCGUUUUCCGUGUGCGGUUUAGAUUAUUGUGGACCAUUCUACGUAAAGUCUGCAAUUCGAAAGCGUGGCCCCACCAAAGUGUACGUGGCAAUUUUCGUCUGCUUCUCAACCAGGGCUGUCCAUAUUGAGCUGGUUAGCGACUUAACAACCACUGCUUUUCUAGCUGCACUCCGUCGCCUAGUCACCCGUCGAGGAAAGGUCGUCGAACUCCAUUCCGACAAUGCAACUACCUUCAAAGGUGCUUCGCAUACCCUUAACAGGAUCUACCGCAUGCUGAAGGUCGAAACUUCCGAUCGUGAACAAAUUUUCGACUGGUUUUCAUCCAACGAAAUCUCGUGGAAGUUCAUUCCGCCCCGGGCACCACAGGUCUCUGGGAGGCCGCAGUCAAAUCGGCGAAGACACACCUUCUGA